CGAAGAGGAAAUUAUGUCCUCGACGCAGAGUGCCUGCGCUGGGCUGACUGCGAGCGCCGCUACGUCGACGGGCUGCCGUUGCAUGGGAUCCUAAGAGCCGAGGGGGCUGACGGGGUGCGUGACACUGGCUUCCUUGGAGCUAUCUAGCUGAGGUGGUCGUGCGCCCUGCCCCUUGUGCACUGCCCGGAGAGGGCCGACGGAGCCCAAGGCGGCCAUGGCUGAGAAUCAGGACAAUUCGUUCAGCUCGUUAGAGCAGGCCGGCCAAGGUACCAGCAGCAGGCCAUUUAAUUUUCCAUGUUUGGAUCUUAGAACUAACACUGAUAUUCAAAAUGAUAUAUCUGCGGAAAAGCGAAGACAAUUAAAACUGAGUUUUCAAGCUCCAAGUGGAAACUUGAUACACUCUAAUUCAACAACGUCCUCUGUUUCUAAUUUGACAAUGGCAUCAGCAUGCCCACCAAUGUCGGUUAUACGCCCAAGUUUGCCUUUAGCUUUACCGAAGCUGCCUGCAAGACCUCGUGCUGUAACACAACAAGAAUUUUUACCUGAUAAAGCAAGAGAUAAAUUUAAAAUGUGCCAGUCAAUGCAAAGUACUGGAAAACUACAACUGACUCCAGAUACGGUGUAUGACUUUACGAGUGAAGAUCUUCAAGACUUGGGGGAAAUUGGUAGAGGAGGUUUCGGAACUGUAAAUAAAAUGAUACAUAGGAUAAGCAAUACUGUUAUGGCUGUGAAGAGAAUUCGUUCGACGGUCGACGAAAAGGAACAAAAGCAAUUAUUAAUGGAUCUAGAAGUUGUCAUGAAAUCCAACGAGUGUCCUUGCAUCGUGCAAUUUUAUGGGGCUUUAUUUAAAGAAGGAGACUGUUGGAUAUGCAUGGAAUUAAUGGACACUUCAUUAGACAAGUUUUACAAGUUUAUUUACGAGAGAUUAAACGAGAGGAUACCCGAAUGUAUCUUAGGUAAAAUCACAGUAGCUACAGUUAAAGCACUGAAUUAUCUAAAAGAAAAAUUACGGAUCAUCCAUCGAGACGUUAAGCCUAGUAAUAUAUUACUAGAUCGACGGGGCAAUAUAAAACUUUGUGAUUUCGGUAUAUCUGGACAAUUGGUUGAUUCAAUUGCACGAACGCGUGAUGCAGGUUGCAGACCAUAUAUGGCUCCUGAAAGAAUAGAUCCGCAGCGAGCAAGGGGUUACGACGUAAGAAGCGAUGUAUGGUCUCUUGGUAUAACGCUGAUGGAAGUCGCAACAGGGUACUUUCCUUAUCCAAAAUGGAAUUCUGUAUUUGAGCAACUCUAUCAAGUAGUGCAAGGCGAUCCACCAAGGCUGUCCCCUAAUGAAAAUGGAAAUCAUUUUACAAUGGAUUUUGUUAAUUUCGUUAAUACAUGUCUAAUCAAAGAGGAAACUCAGCGUCCAAAGUACAAUAAACUUUUAGAGCAUCCAUUUAUUAGAAAAUCCGAGGAGGCAACGAUAGACGUAGCCGCCUAUAUUAGCGGCAUUUUGGACAAUAUGGCUAAUAAUGGUGUUACCCUUUUCACCACGAAUCAGCCUUAAAAUAAUAAAAGAAAGAAAUGACGAUAAAGUUUUAUGAACAAAGAGUCAAAAUGAAGUGCAAAAGCAUAUAGGAGAUGAAUGAUAGAAGAAAAGUAAAGGAGAGAGAGAGAGAGAGAGAGAGAGAGAGAGAGAAGGAAAUGGAAAAGAUAGAUCGUUCCUUCGUUAUGGCAAUCCUCCGUUUCUCACCCUUGUUGCGAUGUGUAAUGUGUAGGGGGCAAGAAAACGCUCCAAUUUAGCGUAAUUUUAAUUAAUUAACGCGAGGUAAAUGUAGAGCUCUACCUCCGUGUUCUCUAAUACUCGUAUGCAUAGAGCGAGCCUCUUAGGGAAAACCCACUACCCACAAUGUUUCAAAUACAGACAGACUAAAAGAAAAUGUAAGAUUUAAUGAAGUUAUUCUCAC